AGCGGUGGUGGUGGCGGUGGAAGCGACCAGUCUUGCCUGCGUGUCAAGUGUCCAGCCAAAAUAACAACAUAAACUACUAAAUUAUACACCUGUACUACUGACUAUAAUUGUGAUGAAGUCAUAUAUAAGAUUUUGAGAGGUAGCCGCCACAAUGAGCUGGUUUGACACUGCCGGCUUCACUUCCCUCGCCAGAUCUGCUCUAAAGGAAGCUCAACGUACAAUUGACAAAGCACUUGACAUCGAGGAGAAUGAAGAGAACACAGUGCCACCCAGAACACCAUUAGUUACAACCGCACAAACUCCUAAAGGACUGCCAGGGAAGCUAAAAGAUGAGUCUGAAAACUUUUUUGCAUCAUUUGGGUUGGAUAAGAAAAAAUUACCUCUCACGCCUGCAAAUUCCCCCAUAGACUCUACUCCGGGAACUGCCACAACAUCUAAAGAUGAAGGGAAAUCCGGUAAUUCUACCAUCAUGGCUGGAAGUUUAUGGGGGUCAUUUACUGGAUCUUUCUUUGAGAACCCUACUUCUGGCAGGAAAAAAGUUAAUGAUACUUGUGAAGUUUCAAGUGGGUCAGAAAAGAGCAUUGUGGCCACUCAGCCUCCACGUAGUAGCACUAGCUUACCAACCCUACAACUAACAACCAGUCCAGUAUCUACACAGCCCCGCACAUCCAGUUUAGAGGAUCACGAUGAUGAUAGUAAAAGAUACCAGUUGGAUAAUGACAAAAAUAAUGAGGUGAAGCAGAUGGCUGACAUGAAUGCCAGUGGUGUUGAUGGAGCAACAAAUGAGUGGGGCUGGGGGUGGGAGAGUAGCAUUAUGGUUAUGUCGGGGGACCACCAGGAAGGGGAGUUUGGUACAAUGCAAGGAGAUCUAGAAGGCCGUGAGGCCAGUCUGGCCGACGACAAUAUUGACGUAGAAGGGUUUGCCAAAAGUCGGCUGGUAGUGGGGAGUGUAGACAGUGACAGUGGUGGGUUUGUACGGCAGGAGAGCCAAGGUUCCCUCUCAGGAAAAUCUGUCGACCUGGAUGUUCCUUCUGCCAUAUCUGAAGAUGUGUUUAUUGGAGAGCAAGAAUAUCUAGAUAAUUGUAAAGUGAAAAAGCAUAGUCAAGGUGUAGAACACUAUAAAUCUCAUGACUCCAAUAGAAGCAACACGAGUGCGAGUAAUAAAAUAGAAAUUUGUGAAAGAAGAACUACAGUGUCGUGUGAUAACUCAGAAGGCAACACACCGGACAGUAUAGUUGUGCUUAACUCAGACAACAGUUCACCUGAUGGAGAGGAACAUGGAAGUUUGUCUGCUGGAGCAAAAACUAAACUAACGGUUAAUUUUUUAUCUGGAAAAACAACCAGUCCCAUUAGCUCUCCAGAAUCAAUAGAAGUUCUCGGUUCGUCCAGUCUUGUUACCUCACCGUCCUCCAUUGAGGUACUUAGUGGGCCUUCCUCUAGUGAUUCAUCCCCCACUCACCAAGAUUCAUGUAGUAACACACUUAUUCAAGACUUAAGUCCUCCACCCAAUAUUGUCAGCACACAGCCCACUUUACAAUUGGCUGUUCACACUGAGGUCCAACCAGUCCUUCACCACACUUCAGACCAGCCUGUUCUAUCUCAAGAACCUAUAGCAAGUGACUCUAGUGUAGAGAAAGACUCAGACGUGAGCUCUAUAGAACAAACAGUAGUAAAGCAGCCAACUCACUUGGACAGAGGAGAAACCAUACAGGUAUAUCCCAAAAACUUGGCUUCAACCCACAAAGCCUCAAGUGAAUUGCCAUCUGUAAUAAAGGACAGUGAUUCCAGUUCUCAAACAAGCACUAGCUUAAUAGAAGAUACAUCGACCAGUGAAAGUGUACACAGUGCCUCCACCUCCAGUACCCACACUGUGCUGGAUGCCAGUAUAAUAACACAUGAUCAGAUACUCACAGGUCCAAUGGACACAUUACCAGCAGAGCUCACCGGGCAGUCUCCAGCAUCAGAGAGUACUGUUACUCCUGUUGAUAAUACCCCAUCUGAGGAUAAUGAGGCUUCAGUAGAAGACAGAAGAACAGUUACACAAGCCAGUUCAGGGUCUGUGGAUGGGACUCACGGGGAGGAAACCGAGAGUGCUGCACCGACUGUAUCUUUGGACAUAUCUGUGGAAAGUGGAGGCAGUUCGGACACAAUCACAGCCUCAGUGGAUUCUACUCAGAUGGUUUGGAGUGCUACUCGUUUGGGUGAACAUGAGCAACAAGGGGGCAGUGAAAUGCAAGACAGCAGCAUGACAGGCUCGGGCGGGGCAGUUGUGCGCUGCCUGUUGGAAGAAGCAAUGGGUGAUGAGGAAGCCACCAGCGGAGGUUCUUCUCCACCAGAAAGAGAACACUCGCCCUCAUCUUCAGAAAGGUCUGACGCUCUGAAGGUUGGUUCUGGCCACACCUCAGGCCACAGCUCAGGAGAUGAAGUGGAGACAACUACCUCGUCAGAUAUUGAAGUUAUAUCCAGUCCAAGUCUAGAUGGCAGCACCAUUGCACGUGGGUCAACCACGACUUCUCGGGUUUGGGUGUCUGCUCAGCGUGGACUACGUUCUCUCCUCAAUGACCGGUCAGAAUCACCUGCCUCAGAUUCUUCCAGCAAUAAUAACAAGAAGACAAAUAAUGAUAAAGUGGAAACUGUUCCCUCAUCAAUGACCACAAGCUUCACCAGUAUCAGCGAAUCUGAGGGAGACAUGUAUAACUCCCUGUACCAAGACAGCCUGACCCACGAUCGCACUCGCAUCUCCCAGGUCCUCCUCCAGGACCAACCUCGCUUUGAAAAAGGUCAUCGUCGGAAUCAGUCCAAUUUCUCAGAAACCAGCGAGAGUUCAUCUGAGAACCAUUCAUCAGAAGUGGACAAACUAAUGAAGAAACUAUCCCAGUUGACGGAAGUUUUGGAAGCACGAGAAACAAAGGUAAUGGAACUGAGUCAAGUAAAUGCAGCCCUACAAGAUACAAACCUACGUCUUAAGGGUCACAUUGAGGAACUGGAGGGUGGUAGUGGCGUGGAGGCGACCGAGUCCUUGAGAGAAGAAUUCACUCAGCGCCUCGUCACAAUGGAGAGAAAAUUUCAGCAAGCUUUGAGAGAGAAGGAAGCCAUUAAGAAGCAGCUCGAGGAGGUACGGGCUGAGGCAGCAACAAGGCUCAGCUCGGCAGAAGUGGCAAGAGAGCGGGAAGAGAGAGACACUGUGAUCCGUGAACUGAGGGAUGAAGGAGAGAAACUCAGUAAGCAGCAGUUAAGUUACUCCAACAUCAUCAAAAAACUCAGAAGCAAGGAAAAGGAAAAUGAAACUACUAUCAAGAGUCAAAAAGACAAGCUUGAGGAACAGUCUUGUGAGUUAGAACGUCUAAGGAAACAAUUUUCUGCCAAGGAAGAAAUGGAACGUCGUCAAAUUGAUGCUGUGUGUCAACUGAACAUAACCAACCAGCGCUUAGAGCAGAUGGUAAAGGAUGUAAAUGCAGAAAAUGCUGAAUUAGAAGGCAAGAUGACAGCACUUAAAGGUGCACUGGAUGCUGCUUAUAGGGAGAUGACAGAACUUCAGAGAGCAGCGGUAACAAAAGAUGCAGAAGCCCAGGAACAGGCUCUGAGUGCUGAGGUAGAGGUUCGGAAACAACUGGAGGCAGCGCUAGAGGAAGCUCGAACACAGGCCAAAAGGGAGCAGGAGACUCUGAUGGCACAGGUCCUCGAACUUCAGGAUGCACUUAAUAGAUCAGAAAAUCACGCCAAUAGGAAAGAACGCCAACUACGCUCAGAUAUCAGUGAGUUACAGCAGAGAGUCUCAGAAACUGAAGCUCGAGCAGAGGAACUUUCAGGAGCUGUAAGUGCUGCCACAAGACCUCUUCUACGUCAGAUGGAAAAUCUGCAGUCUACCCACUCUUCCCAACAAGCCACAUGGGAAUCUUUGGAGACAACUCUAACUCGCCGUUUAAAUGAGGCACAAAUGACAGUAGCAUCAAGCAGUGAAAAGGAAAGAGUUGCUCGUGAACAUUACUCUGAAUUAGCAGCAAGUUCAGCUGUACUUCAAACCCAGGUGACAAGCUUACGGGCAGAAAACAGCAAGUUAUCAUCUCAGCUUGACAUGGCAAUAACAAAAAUGGAAUCUCUGGCAGAAACACGCACAAAAGAAAUAACUCAGGUAGAGGCUCUGAAGAUGUCCUUUGCUGAGGAGAUAGCAGAAGUGAAGAGAGAAAGAGACAGUCUGGAGCAACAACUUGAGAUAGAGAAGACUGCAGUGGCUGCUGAGAAGAAGAAAACAGUUGCUCUCCAAGACCAGCUAAAAGACAGAGAGAGGAAACUAUUACAGUUAGUAAAUGAUGCUCCCGAGAGUCAUGACAGCACCCCUCGAUCUUCACCCACCCCGUCUCUGUCUCGACUCUCUGUCUCAGGCUCUCUGUCGGAAUCCUUUUCUUCACAGUGGGGAGAUGAGGUGUUUGAGUCAGGAUGGUCCCGGGCUACAACUCUAUAUGAUUCUAUGCGCGGGAACACUACAGCCACUGUAGAUGCUCUCACAUCUCAGUUGCGACAGAGAGAAGGGGAAAUUCAUCACCUGCAAAGUGAAGUUACACGGUAUGAAGCUCAGCGAGAAUCCCUUGCACAGGAAUUGGUAUCAGUGACUAGUCAAAUGGAAAUUUUACAAAUUCAACUGCAGAAUCAUCAAAUACUCCAAGAUCAGUAUUCAGAUAUGGAGCAAAAAUAUAAUGCACUGCUGCAGAUGCAUGGAGAAAAAGUGGAGGAGGUUGAGGAGUUGCGUUUGGAUCUUGCAGACGUAAAGGAAAUGUACAAAGCUCAGAUUGAUCAGCUCCUCCAGAAAUAAACUCCAAAAAAUAUAUUGAUUAAUAUAUAAGUUAAAUAAAAUGGGCUUGAGUGUAUUACUUAAUUUCCUCCGCUCCUCCAGGUUAUAAAAAAAGUUAGGGUGGCAUCUUUUUACACGGCAAUAUUAGUCACUAUUGUUUUUAAUUUUGGGGGAUAUUUUACUUAUAAUUCAGGGAAGAUUUUGGCAAUAUGCACAUCAUGUACAGUCGAGUUGAUUUUUUUUCCAAAUAUAUUCAUUAAUGCCACAAACAUGUUGAGUAGUGUGCCAUACAACUUAUCUAUGAGAUGGGCCUAAACUUACACUACUUCCCUUAUUUUGUUAUGUUUGUAAAGGUUAUUUUGCACUUGUUAAAAAAAAGUUGAAUGGAUAUGUAUAUAAUGUAUGAAAUACAUAGUUGUGCACAGUUAAUUGUAUAUUUUAGUAUUGUAUAUAAAUUUUUGAGUAUUUAUUUAAUUUUUGAGCUGUAUCCAGCAAAAUUUAUUAAAUAUAUUAUAUAUAGAGUAAAUAUUUACAGUAAAGCUCAGAUUUAAUUUGUCUUUCUCUUAUAUCACCUAGUCUCAUUUUAGGAAAGAAAAUAUCAUUUCAUCUUCACUAGUUUGUCAUUUGAAUCUUUAUCAUGUCUUAGAAUUACAAAUGGCUUGUGAUUACAGGACUCUUGAGCAAACAUAAGAGAACCAAAUAUGCCCCAUAGCAGCAUGUACAUAAUGUAGUCAAUUUCUCAUCCAUUAGUUCUAACAGACAAGGGUUGCUAAAUGCUUUGGAUAUUUUCAUUAAAGCAGAGAGGCACAGAUCAAUGAUCACAAAAAAAAUCAAUCUGUCAUGCUUCCUAAAGACACCAUGUGUCUUAUACACCAAAGAUAUGAUGUUUAGAACUGUGAUGGUUGGUUGGCUGUUUGAGCCCAUAUACUGAAGGUUGCCCAGGUCAUGCCACCAGGAACCUGAAGUCAAGGCUUUUAAAAAAGUACUGUACUAAUACUCUAAAUAGUACCUAUCUCAAGCCAUAUAUUUACUAAAAACAUUUAUGUUUAUCAGUGCACUCCACUAAUCAACUCACAAGAAUAAAGGACCCUUGAGCCCUUUGGCUGACCCUUUUUUGUCUGCAAGGACUUGGUGCAAAACAACUACAAAGGCUAUAGCCAAAGUUAAGCAAAAUCAUAAAGAAAAUUACUUAAUCAUGGAAAGAAUCACCAGUGUAAUUCAGGUACAAUAUGUAUUUAUAUAUCAAGGCUAAGUUUUGACUGUAGUCUGGAUGUCUUCUGUUAUCCACUGGACUCCUCAAACAAUCCCUACAAUUUUCUUGUUUGUCUUUCAAUGGCUGUGAAAAUACAUGUGUUACAGUAACUUUCUCUCACUUUGUAAGUAAGCACAGUUUUCACAUGAAACAGCAGCAAACUGAAGUGGGACACAAAGAUAUGUUUCCCCCUUCAUAGUAAGUGAGGAGGAUAUGAUGAACACCCAUGGAUCCAGAUGUGGUUAGUAUAACCACUCUUUUGUUUAUAGGGCAAAAUAACAGACGGUUCUUUCAUGGUUGCUCUGUGAUCAAAAGCCAUCCACUCACCUCUGAUCAGAAAGAGAUUUUAUGAUCAAUCCUUCAUUAAUAACAGGGUAGCCCACAUUAACUUGAUCUAUCUGAUGGUUGUGUUUAACGUACACAGCUCAGAAAUUAAUAAAAAAAAAACUAAACUUC